AUGACCCGCCCCUGUGGUUCCCGAGCGAACCUCUGCGAAGAAUGUACCGCCAACUACAAACGCAUCCAAAAGCACACCCUGCGCCCCAACGAACUCACCGACGCCGACGUCUUCCCAGUCUCAGGCGUCCACCCGAUUUUCCUGACGCAGGUGUUCCCCAUCGGCAAAUUCACCGAGGACGAAGACGUCUCCAUCACCCGCAGCAUCAAGGCCUGGUUUCUGGACAUGUACAGGAUCUGCGACGUGCGCGUUUUCGUCAAGGUCGAUUACCGUCGGAAUGAGGAGAGGGAUAAUGUCUGGGAGGCGCAUGUCUGUAUCCUGGUUGAUCCGCCUCAGCUUUUGGUGCUUGAUGAUAAGUAUGUUCGUGAUAUGUUUGCCCUGGAGGCGGCGGGCUUUGAUAUGGGGUGGACGCGGACCCGUACUUACACGUCUCCGGAUCAAGAGAGCAAGAACAAGAAUCAGACUGGGUGUAUUGCCGCCGGUCGUCUGGAGUUCUUUGCCGAUUUGCUUGACAUUGAAGCUAGAGCGACGGACCGUCGGGAGUACAUGUAA